GCACUCGCUAGAACCAAAGAGUCUUUUCGAAAAUAUGUUUUAUUGUGUACAUGCCACACAAUAAAAGCACCAACCGAACAGGUAAAUCUGACAAAUCCUGCCAGAUUGCCGAUAAAAAUGAACAAUAAACCGCUUGGCAAAGACUCAUCGGUGAUUGGUAAGAAGAAAAAGUUUGGACGGGGCUACUAUGCCGAGCUGCUGACCAAUCCGAACUAUUCGGACCCAUUGACGAAAAUCUAUCAAGGCGUUAAUAGAAAGUUUAACUUCAUAUGGCAAGUGAAAACGGAAAAAUACGCUCCCAUUCUCAUGGAGCUGGUUGCGCCUCAAAAGAAAGUUGUGCUUGCGGCCGCUCAGCGUUGGAUGACUUUUGAGGCCGAUAAGGACAUAGCUUUCCCUGUGGAUACUUUCAAGCCGAAGGUGCAACACCAGCAUGAGGUGGAUCCCCGAACUCUGCCCCGAAAUGUGGCCAUUGAAAGAAGAAGGAGAAUGUAUCAGGGCGAAAACAUCGACACCCUUUUAGAGCGCAUGCAAGUGAAGCCUAGAGAUUUGCUUCCGAUUCAAAUUCUCUUCAAAGAAAUCGCUUCGCCAAUGGAAAGGUUCGGGCUGUCUUCAUGGGUGCCGUUUCUUCCGCUGGAGCUUUUCGAUGACGAAGAAUUCGAUAUCAGGUCGCCAGAAAACUGGAUAGAACAUGGAAUCAUCGACGGAAUCAGGCAUCCUUUGCCUGCCACAGCUUUCGUUCCCAACAGCGAAGUCAAUGAGGAAAACCGCUCCAGCUUCGAUCUGGAUCGGCUCUUCCAUUGGGUCCAUGUUGCCGCUCUGGACUAUCAGCCAAAGAAAAAGCUAUGGAAGGUGAUGACUCUGGAUGGCUUGAAACGAACGUUUUUCCUGCCCAAAUUGCUUCUAAUGAUGAAGGCUGAGGAUCCGGUGAAUUUUGCCAAUCGCAUCAUAUCCGCCAUUGCAUUGCGGAAGAAAUGUGAAGAAGUCAUCAGAUGCGAAUUUGUGAUGGAUUGCAUGAGUUUAACCGGCACUCCGACCAUGUCUGAUGAAAUGCUGGAAGGAAUCGUUGAUCUGGUUAAAAGCACCAAAGUAGGAAAGGCCAUGUUUUACACGGACUAUUUUCAUAAGCUUAAAGACGAGGUAUUGCUGAACCAUCAGAGAACCAUCGGCGAGCUGGAAUUCAAACGAAUUCAAAGUGAAACUGAAUACGAUUUCUUCACAUUUGAAAAAUCGUUGACUUCCCUAGUCUAUAGAAAAUUCGAUACUGAGCUGAGCCCGAGCGAAUUUUUGAAGAAGAAAACGUUUUUUGCUUGGUACAAUAUCUACGUGGUACCAGAAACUUAUCUGGCUAUGUCUUAUGUGGUCGGUGAGUGCUUGAAAGUGGCUCAAAUGUCGCUUUUCACCUCCAGCUAUGGCGCCAAGUAUGUCACUCUGGAGGAAUUUAACACUAUUCAAAACCAAACGUCCAGCAUUGCUUUGAAACAGUUGAAGAAUAACUGGCUGGAAACGCUGGUUUUUAACAUUCGAAUGUGCAUAGGAGAUCUAGGGAAAGGUUGGUUCGAUAUCAACGAAAAGAACUUUAAAAUAUACGAAAUCUCGAAGCUUAAUCGGUUCAUGGAGUUGGUCAAGUAUCGAAUGCAGUACACCUUGAGGUUGUUAGUGGAGAACACUCUGCAAGUGUUCAUUAGCCUGGUUGAAACGCCCUGUUGGCCAUGUCUUUCUGUGGAGGAUGACUUUGUUUGGGGCGAAGACCUGCUGAAUAGUCCUUUUAUGGGACAGGCUGCUCCCCUUUUUAGUUUGCAAUUGAGGAUGGACGAAAGCGGCGCCUUCUACAGCACGACGCCGGAAUCCUUUGCGGAGGUUCUUCUGAAGCUCUUCGACGAAGCUCUGACACAAACGCACCAAAUCAGACAAGUUCACCCGUUGCUUUUGAGCAAUUUGCGUUUCCCCCCCGACCUUUGCCUCUCUUCUGUCGGUCUGCUUGCUGAAGAGGUCUGCAAUGUGCGAAAUCGAUUCCUCCUCGCCUAUGAAAAGGCUUGCAUACCCUUGAGGGCGUACGCCAAAGAGUUUGAUGUUCAUGUUAAUCUGUAUAGUUUAAUCAUCUCUGACUAUAUCAAGAAUUAUGAAAUUGACUCAAAAACCGCCGCUGAAGUGAAAGAAGAUAUAUCGCUGCAUCAUCGCCUUAAGAGGAGCCUGGAAGAAACGCUCCCCAACCUGAUAUUCAUUGGGCCCUUUUACGUUCAAAUUGACCAUCUGCGGGUGUUCUUGAUCAACAAACGGCAGGAGAUCAUCAACAAGCUGCUGGAUCUUUUCUCGGCUCGCAUGAAGCAAAGCAUUGAAGACCUGCUGCAAGAGUACAAGAACGUGAUGGUGAAACUUGCGGUUAAACCCGAAAGCAUUGAGCAUAUCUUUGAGAUUCGGGACUGGAUGGAAACCAUUCCCAUGUCGGUUAAGUCGCUGGAAGAAACCUGCAAACGAUAUCUACUCGAAUAUGAUGUUCUGGAUCAUUUUUGGUACGCUCUGGGCAAUGAGGAUUUCGAAAACAAAUGGGAGGCCAUCGGCUGGCCGUUGCGGAUCUACCAGCAAGUGGAUGUAGCCGACAAGUUCCUGAAGGAGGAGGAGGAACGCUACUACAAGCUACAAUUGAACGACGAAUUCACGUUGAAUGAUCGCAUCGACACGCUGACCACUCAAGUUGUUAGUAUGUCUGGAUACAGGGAUGUGAGCAAGACACAUGAAUACGCCCAGGAAAUUCGAAAGGUCUGGAAAGCAAUGAAGGAAGCUCAAGAGUUCGGCCAACUGUUGAAUCAGCGGCAGAAAAUGUUCGGUGCACAAGUGGUUCCAUUCGACAAUCUCACCAAGCUGAUUAAGGAGUUUGAGCCCUACAAGAACCUCUGGAUCACUGCCUCUGAUUGGUUGCGCUCGCAUGAAAUGUGGAUGGACAACCCGAUAGUGAACGUGGAUGCUGAAACUGUGGAAGGAACAGUGACCGACAUGUACAAAAUGAUGGUGCGCUUGAUUCGGGUGUUUGCAGACAUUGAAGCUGUUCAGAACGUAGCUGUGGACGUCAGGAACCAAAUCGACGACUUUAAGCCUAUGAUUCCUCUGCUCCAAUCCCUGAGGAAUCCUGGAAUGAGGCAGCGACACUGGGAGAAACUUUCUGAGGAAACAGGUGUGGAUUUGGCGUGGACUCCUAUAACAACCUUCAGCGACAUGUUGAGCUUGGGAAUAGAAGCGCACGCUGAAGACAUCAAAAACGUGGCCGAAAUGGCCACCAAGGAGUACACAAUUGAGCAGACGUUGGAGAAAAUGCUUGCUGAUUGGGAGGAGAAUUGCCUGGAUAUCCAGCCUUACAAAAACACUGGCACUUACAUAAUGAAAAUUUCCGAAGAACAACAGCAGAUGCUGGAUGACCACAUCGUGUUAACUCAGCAGUUAUCGUUCAGUCCGUUUAAGGGUCCCUUCGAGGAAAGAAUCGAUCAGUGGGAAGACAAAUUGCGAAUUACGGCCGAUGUCAUUGAGGAAUGGAUGGACGUUCAGAAGCAGUGGAUGUAUUUGGAGCCGAUAUUUACCAGCGACGAUAUCACCAAACAGUUACCGGUUGAAAGCAAAAAAUAUAAAUCAAUGGAACGUACCUGGAAGAGGAUUAUGCGAAACGCCCUGGAUGUUCCCAAUGUAAUCCAAUACUGCGGCGAUAGAAGACUGUUGGAAAGCCUGAAGGACGCCAAUCACAUUCUGCAAGUGGUUCAGAAGGGCCUAUCUGAGUACUUGGAGACGAAGAGGAUCACUUUUCCGCGACUGUACUUUCUCAGCGACGAUGAACUGUUGGAAAUCCUUUCCCAGGCCAAAAACCCUCUGGCCGUCCAGCCUCAUCUGCGAAAGUGCUUUGAGAACAUUGCCCGGCUUACUUUUGAAGACGAUUUGCGCAUUACGCAAAUGUUCUCGGCCGAAGAAGAAUGCGUCGAUUUGGUGCCACCUCUGUACCCGACUGGAAAUGUGGAAAAUUGGCUUCUUCAUGUGGAGGGAACAAUGCGAAAUACUGUGCGCAUUAAUCUGGGAAAUUCCCUGGCCGAUAUGGAGGAAAAAAGCCGAAAAGAUUGGGUGCUUUGCUGGCCUGGACAAGUCGUUAUAGCUUGCAGCCAGGCAUUCUGGACUGCUGGAGUCGAACAGGCAAUAAAAGAGAGUAAAUUAGCGCAAUUCCAAGAGGAAGUCGUUAUCGUCAAUCUGGACGCUCUAAGAAGCCUGGUGAAAGGCAGCUUGAGUUUCCUGCAACGGGAAAUCCUGUCGGCUCUGAUUGUUAUUGAGGUGCAUUCCAGGGAUGUUACGCAAAACUUGGUCGACUUGAACAUUAAUAGCCCCAACGACUUUGAUUGGAUCAGCCAGUUGAGAUACUACUGGGUGGAACAGCAAAUGAAGGUACGGGCAGUGAACGCUGAGUUCAGCUACGGCUACGAAUAUCUAGGAAAUAGUGGCCGACUGGUAAUUACGCCGCUGACUGAUCGAUGUUACCUCACUUUAACUGGGGCUUUGCACUUGAAAUUUGGUGGGGCCCCUGCGGGGCCAGCAGGCACAGGCAAAACUGAAACUACCAAGGACUUGGCGAAGGCUUUCGCUAUUCAAUGCGUGGUCUUCAACUGUUCGGAUCAACUGGAUUUUAUGGCUAUGGGCAAGUUCUUCAAGGGACUGGCCAGUUCAGGAGCAUGGGCUUGUUUCGACGAGUUCAAUCGCAUUGAUAUAGAAGUUUUAUCUGUAGUCGCCCAGCAGAUAACGACUAUUCAGAAGGCCCAACAAGCCAGGCUGGACCGAUUCCUGUUUGAAGGCUCGGAAAUCAUGCUCAAAGAAUCCUGUGCCGUUUUCAUCACCAUGAAUCCCGGAUAUGCGGGCCGGACGGAACUUCCAGACAACCUGAAGGCGCUUUUCCGGCCAGUUUCCAUGAUGGUACCCAACUACAGCUUGAUUGCGGAAAUUUCCCUGUUUUCCUUCGGGUUCGGCAACGCCAAGCAAUUGGCCAAUAAAAUCACCACCACUUUCAAGCUGAGUUCUGAACAAUUAAGCUCGCAGGAUCAUUAUGACUUUGGAAUGCGAGCAGUUAAAACAGUGAUUUCCGUGGCAGGAAACCUGAAGAGAGAAAACCCCAAUAUGGACGAAAGACAAAUCUGCCUCAGAGCCUUGAGAGAUGUGAAUGUCCCAAAGUUCCUCAAAGACGAUCUGAAGCUAUUCAAUGGCAUAGUGUCGGAUUUGUUUCCUCGAAUGGUGGAAGAAGCUGUGGAUUACGGAGCUCUAGAGCUGGCGAUUCGGAAUUCGUGCCUUGCUUUAGGCUUAGAGGACGUUAAGGACUAUGUGAGGAAGGUGAUCCAACUGUACGAAACCACGGUGGUUCGACAUGGUUUGAUGCUGGUCGGGCCGACUGGAUCGGGAAAAACGAAGUGCUACGAAACGCUGAAAGUGGCCAUGACUUCGUUGAAGGGCCAACCGCAGCCUAGUGGAUAUCCUUUCCAGGCCGUCCAGACGUAUGUUUUGAACCCGAAAUCGAUCACAAUGGGUCAGUUGUACGGGGAAUUUGACUUGCAAACCCAUGAAUGGACCGAUGGGAUUUUGCCCUCCUUAGUGCGAGUGGGCAUAAAGGCGCCUGACAAAGACAAGAGAUGGUAUGUGUUCGAUGGUCCGGUGGACGCAGUCUGGAUCGAGAACAUGAACACUGUUCUGGAUGACAACAAGAAGCUCUGUCUCAGCUCUGGCGAGAUCAUUAAACUACGCGACACCAUGACGAUGAUGUUUGAAGUAGCUGACUUAGCUGUGGCUUCGCCAGCUACUGUUUCCAGGUGUGGGAUGGUUUAUCUCGAGCCGGGCGUUUUGGGAUUAAACCCCUUUAUCAGCUGCUGGUUGAAAAGGGUGCCACAGGUCGGGCAGGCCUAUUUGGACGAAUUCGAGGCGCUGUUUGCGUUCUACGUGCUUCCCGCCAUCGAGCUGGUUCGAGGAAAAUUAAAGGAAAUUUUAACAUCGGUGGAUUCGGCUCUUUUGAUGUCGUUUUUGCGGCUCAUGGACUUCAGGCUUGGCCCGCUAUCUGGAAGAGACAACAAACCUCCGCCUCCGGCCCAAUUUCAGGCAUUAAUUCCCAAUCUGCUUGUGCCCUGGGUGGUUUUCAACACGAUUUGGAGCAUUGGCGCCACAUGCGAUAACAAUGGCAGAAUCCUUUUCGACCGAUUUAUCCGAGAUCGAAUGCUGGAAGGUGGACAUGAGCCUCAGUUUCCUGAAGAUGGCUUAUGCUACGACUUUAACCUGCACGAUGGAGGAUUUACGGAUGUUACAAGCGACGGUGAACCGGCACCGCCCACAUGGCGUGGAUGGAUGGAUAAUAUCGCCGAUUACAAGAUAACAGGAGAUAUGAAAUAUUCCGACAUAGAAAUCCCGACAGUUGACAAUGUUCGUAGCGCUGAACUGAUUGGCAAUUUGCUGACGAAUGAAGACAACGUGUUGUGUGUGGGACCCACCGGAACCGGGAAAACUUUGACCGUAAUCGGGAAACUCAGCAAAAAUAUGCCCAAGAAGUUCAUGUGCGACUUCAUCAGUUUUUCGGCUAGAACCACGGCAAAUCAGACGCAGGAUCUGAUUGAUUCGAAACUAGACAGACGACGCAAAGGGGUGUUUGGACCUCCGGUGCUUAAACGGCAGGUUUUCUUCAUUGACGACUUCAAUAUGCCGGCUUUGGAAGUGUAUGGGGCGCAGCCACCCAUCGAGCUCAUCCGACAAUGGAUGGAUUUCAAUGGUUGGUACGAUAGGAAAAACAUUGGGGACUUUCGGACUAUCAUCGAUGUGAACUUCGUGGCCGCAAUGGGGCCACCGGGUGGUGGACGAAAUCCAGUCACUGCUCGGCUUUUGCGCCAUUUUCACUAUUUGGCUUUUGUUGAGAUGGAGGAUGCUAGCAAGCGCAAGAUUUUUGGCACCAUAUUGAAAUAUUGGAUAGGCAAAGCUGUGGAUGGUCUGGAAGAAUACGCCACGCCCAUACUAACCUCCACUCUGAUCGUCUACGAUAGGAUUUUAAGGGAAUUGUUGCCUACGCCUGCGAAAACUCACUACACCUUUAACUUGAGGGAUUUGAGCAAAGUGUUUCAGGGCAUUUUGAUGUUUGAACCAGCUUCUCUAAAGGAUGUUCAAUCAGCGCUGCGACUUUGGUACCAUGAAUGCUGUCGCGUCUUCCAAGAUCGCCUGGUAAACGAUGAAGACCGGGUCUGGUUCGAAACGUUGCUGAAGAACCAAAUCUCCAGCUUCUACCAGUUGGAUCCGGACGAAACUUUGGGCAAACAGCCGAUUCUUUUUGGGGAUUUUCUCGACCCCCAAGUUGAAAUGGGGCCCUACAUUCAAAUAAUGGAUUUUGAGCAGCUGGGGCGUUCUUUGGACUAUUACCUGCAGGAAUAUAACCAGCAGAGCACAAAACCCAUGAAGCUGGUGCUGUUUCUGGAUGCCAUCUCGCACGUGUGUAGAAUAUCCAGGAUUAUUCGGCAGCCCAUGGGAAAUGCCUUGCUACUAGGAAUGGGGGGCUCCGGCCGGCAAAGUCUGACAAGACUGGCCUCGUUCAUGGCGGAAUUUGCGUGCUUCCAAAUCGAAUUAACCAAAGCCUAUGGAGCGUAUGAUUGGAGAGAGGAUGUAAAGAAACUAAUGCUGAAUGCCGGCCUGCAACGACGAGAAACUGUAUUUUUGUUUUCCGACACGCAGAUUAAAUCCGAGUCGUUUUUGGAGGAUUUAAACAAUGUGCUGAACUCGGGCGAUGUUCCCAAUAUUUACCAACCCGACGAGAUGGAUAAAAUCUAUCAGGGGAUGAAAGGAACGGUGCAGGAAUUGGGGCUGCCGGCCACCAAGUCCAUUUUGUUUUCCGUUUACCAGAAACAAGUGAGGUCAAAUUUACAUACAGUGAUCACCAUGAGUCCAAUUGGGGAAAUAUUCAGGGCCCGAUUGCGGCAGUUUCCAGCCUUGGUCAACUGCUGUACCAUCGAUUGGUUCUGUCCGUGGCCCGAUUCAGCUUUACAGUCAGUGGCGUUGCAGUUUCUCAAAGACGUAGAAGACCUAAACGUAUCAGAGACGAUCCUGAAUGGAAUUGUAGUGGUUUUCCAAUUUAUGCACGCCAGUGUGGUGGAGGCGAGUGAGCGCUAUUUGCAGGAACUAUCCAGACACAACUACGUCACUCCUACGUCCUAUUUGGAGCUGCUUUCCAGCUAUACAGAGCUAAUGAAUAAGAAGAAAGGCUCCCUCACUGAAGGAGUGGGCCGGCUGAAAACAGGCCUAUCCAAGCUGCAGAUCACUUCCGAAGAGGUAAAAGUGCUCCAAGAGCAGCUGAAGGAGAUGAAACCUGCCCUACAAGUGGCGGCUAAGGACGCAGAUGAAAUGAUACAAAUUAUCGCCGCUGAUACAAUCGUAGCAGAGGAAACCAAAGAAAUCGUGGAACGAGAAGAGCAAGAAGCAACCAAGAAGGCCGAAGCUACGCAGCUGAUUGCUGAAGACGCCCAACAGGACUUAGAUGAAGCAAUGCCCGCCCUACUAGCCGCAGAACAGAGCUUGAAGUCCUUGAACAAGAACGACAUUAUUGAGGUGCGAUCCAUGAAACGUCCCCCAGCUGGAGUGGUUUAUGUGAUCGAGUCCAUUUGCAUUGUGAAAAACAUCAAGCCCAACAAAAUACCGGGAAUGAGACCAGGAGAAAAACUGCUGGACUACUGGGAUCCUGGAAGAAACAUGCUUUCAGAUCCAGGCCAGUUUCUCGCCUCUUUGAUGAACUUCGACAAGGAUUCCAUCACGGAUGAAAUGAUUGAAAAACUGAAGAAAUACGUCGAAGACCCCGAUUUCACACCGCAGAAGAUUGCCAAAAUUUCUAAAGCAUGCACUUCGCUUUGCAUGUGGGUGCACGCCAUGUUCAAAUACUACUUUGUAAACUUGGGGGUGGCGCCAAAGAAAGCCGCCCUCAAGCAGGCCAAUGAGGAGCUGGCUGAAACAGAAAAGGCUCUAGCAGCGGCCAGAGCCAAGAUGCAAGAAGUGCUGGAUCGACUGAGCAAGCUACAAACGCAACUUAACGCUAAAAUCGCCUUUAAGCAAGAAAAAGAGCAAGGCAUUGCUGUAUGCGAAGAGAGGAUGAAUCGGGCAGUUCGUUUGAUUUCUGGAUUAGCUGAUGAAAGAAUCAGAUGGAUAGAGACUAUUGAAAACAUCGAAGCCAAUGUUAUUAACGUAACUGGGGACAUAUUGAUUAGCUCUGGAUGUGUCGCCUACAUGACUCCCUUCACCGACCAGUACAGACGCAACCUUUUCACUCAAUGGAUCCGCCUGAUUGAGGAACGUGAAAUACCGUUUUCGAAAAACGCCAACCCAGUCAGCAUUCUUGGAGAUCCAGUGGAGAUCCGCCUGUGGCAGCUAGAUGGUUUGCCUAGAGAUUAUCUUUCGACGGAAAAUGCCGUUUUGGUGUCCUGCUCCAGAAGAUGGCCCUUGUUUGUCGAUCCGCAAGGCCAAGCGAACAAAUGGGUGAAAAAUAUGGGAAAAACGCAAGGACUGUCCAUCUGCAAGCUCUCGGACAAGGAUCUGAUGCGCACCAUGGAAUCAGCGGUGCGUUUUGGAAAACCGGUGCUAAUUGAGAAUGUUGGCGUCGACUUGGAUCCAGCUCUUGAUCCAAUUUUAAUGCGGCAAAUUUACAAUCAAGGAGGCACAAUGGUGAUCAAGCUGGGCGAUGUGGUCGUUCCGUACGAUGCCAAUUUUCGCCUCUUUAUCACCACCAAACUGCCGAAUCCGCAUUAUACUCCCGAAGUUUCCAUCAAAGUGCUCCUGGUUAACUUCACAGUAGUUUCCACAGGGCUGCAAGAUCAGCUUCUGGCUCUAGUGGUGAUGCAAGAGCGUCCAGACUUGGAAGAGCAAAGGAGUCAAAUUGUAGUCGGAGUGGCGCAGAUGAAGCACGAGUUGAAAGACAUCCAGGAUCGCAUCCUGAUGAAGCUGAGCUCAUCCGAGGGCUCACCUUUGGACGAUCUGGACUUUAUCAUCACCCUGGAGGCGUCGAAAGUGAAAAGCGAAGACAUUAAAAGCAAAGUUGAAGCUGCGGAAAUUACCCAAAUCGACAUCGACAACACCAGGGCGCUUUACAUCCCGGUGGCAAAUCGGGCGCAGAUUUUAUUCUUCUGUUUGGCCGAUUUGUCGAAUGUGGAUCCGAUGUACCAGUACUCCCUCGAGUGGUUUAUCAACAUUUUCAUAUCUACUAUGGCAGAAACCGAGAAAAGCGACGACAUUGCCGAACGCGUAGUGACGAUUAACGAGUAUUUCACGUUCAAUCUGUUCAGCAACGUUUGCAGAAGUCUGUUCGAGAAGCACAAGCUUCACUUUGCCUUCCUGAUGUGCAUCAGGAUCCUGAUGGAAGAUGGCCAAAUAAAUGCGCUCGAAUGGCAGCAUUUCCUUGCGGGCGGGUCUCCCUUAAGGGAUCUGGCAAAUCCUGCGCCCAACUGGCUGUCUUCAAAAGCGUGGAACGAGAUUUUAGCUCUGGAGGCUUUGCCGAAUUUUCAGAAAUUUGUGGGCUCUUUUUCUAGGAACUUGCUCUAUUACAAAGAGAUAUUUGACAGCGCUGAGCCUCACCGGGAAGCUCUACCUGAGCCGUUCAACUCCACAAUGGACGAUUUCCAGAAAAUGAUCGUUCUGAAGAGCCUGCGGCCGGACAAAGUGACCAAUGCAAUGCAAGACUACCUGUCUCAGAAGCUCGGGCAGCAAUUCAUCGAGCCGCAGUCUUCUGAUCUGUCGGCGAUGUUUAAAGAGUCAGGACCGGCAGUUCCGCUCAUUUUCGUUUUAUCGACCGGUACAGAUCCGGCUGCUGAUUUGUACAAAUUCGCCGAUCGCAUGAAAAUGGGGAAACGCAUGUUUUCCAUUUCGCUUGGUCAGGGGCAGGGCCCGAGGGCAGAACGAAUGAUCAAAGAAGCGGUCGAGGCUGGCUCGUGGGUGUUUUUCCAGAACUGCCAUUUGGCCCCUAGUUGGAUGCCCAGUUUAGAGCGGAUCAUUGAAACCAUACCACCGGAUGUUGUACAUAGGGACUUUCGAAUAUGGCUCACCUCCACUCCAUCCCCUCAUUUUCCAGUUUCCAUUUUGCAAAACGGCAGCAAAAUGACUGUGGAACCACCCUCCGGCAUAAAAGCCAACAUAUUGCGGGCCUACCUGAAUCAGGUCGCGGACUUUUCGGACUUUAUGCAGUCUGAUAAUAGGAAGGCGCCCGACUUUAAGCUGCUCACCUUUUCCCUAUGUUUAUUCCACGGCGUUUUGCUGGAAAGGCGCAAGUUUGGCCCGCUUGGAUUCAACAUCCCGUAUGAGUUCACCGAUGGUGAUUUGAAAAUAUGCCUGUCUCAGCUGCAUAUGUUUUUACUCGAGUACGAAGACAUUCCCUUCAAGGUACUCAGUUACACGGCAGGCCAAAUAAAUUACGGCGGGCGAGUGACUGAUGAUUGGGAUAGAAGAUGUCUCAUGAAUGUUCUGGCCGAUUAUUAUAAGCCGGAAGUGGUUGAUUCAGACUAUGUUUUCGACAAGGAUCAAUACUAUCACCAGCUUCCAGCAACAUCCAUGUUCCUGGACUACAUGGACUACAUCAAGACAUUUCCGAUCAAUGACGAUCCAGUGCUGUUUGGAAUGCAUCCCAAUGCGGACAUCACGUUUGCCCAGUCACAAACCUACAAGUGCUUAUCGACGCUUCUGUUGCUGCAACCCAAAAGCGUUGGAGGAGCAGCAUCCAGCCAGGAAGAGGUCACAACUGCAGUCUCAAAAACCAUCCUGGAACAGCUUCCGAUGCUCUUCAAUCUGGAACAGAUAUCUGAAAGAUAUCCAGUGCUGUAUGAAGAGUCCUUGAACACCGUUCUAAUACAAGAGGGCAUUCGCUACAACAAGCUUCUAGUUGUGAUAAAAUCCUCGUUGCUUGACCUGCUCAAAGCUGUGAAAGGACUGGUAGUGAUGUCGGAGACUCUGGAGAAAAUGUCGCUCAGUCUCUACACGAAUUUGGUGCCUCAGUUGUGGGCAAACAAGGCAUAUCCUUCACUGAAACCGCUAGGCGCUUGGGUUCAAGAUUUAAAUGCUAGAUGCGAGUUUCUCAACAAGUGGGUGCAAGACGGAAUUCCACCCAUUUUCUGGAUUUCGGGAUUCUAUUUUCCGCAGGCAUUUCUAACGGGGACUUUGCAGAAUUUCGCUCGGAAAUAUAUCGUGUCUAUCGACUCGAUUAAUUUCUCCUUUAAGGUGUUGAAUUACUUUCCAAAAGAACGACCCAAGGAUGGAUGUUGCAUUUGGGGCCUGUUCCUAGAAGGAGCCAGAUGGAAUUCGGGAAUGAAAAUUCUAGAUGAGUCUAUCCCGAAGGAACUGUACACAGAAAUGCCUGUGAUCUGGCUGGUGCCCGAAGAGAACCAUUUGCGGCCACCAGGGGUUUAUGAGUGUCCAGUUUACAAAACCCUGACAAGAGCCGGGACACUGUCCACUACUGGACACUCCACCAAUUACGUGCUGGCCAUUGAAGUUCCAUGCGAAAAACCCGAACCACAUUGGAUAAAAAAUGGGGUCGCUUUAAUAUGCGCUUUGGAUUACUAAUUAAGUUUAUUUUGCAUUCAUCGAUUUACUUACCUCAAUGACUCACUGGUAAUAAAAUUAGUGAAACCUA